UAAAUAGCAUUAUUCUCUAGCUGUUUCCUGAGAAUUCUUUAAAAAAUAUACAAUUUGUAGAUAUAAGUUAUGAAUUUGAAUACGACAUGCCGUUGCUGCUUAGCACGACCGCCGGAUAAGGACUUAAAGUCAACUUACACAUGCCUCGGGAAAACCGAAGUUUACGGAGAUAUGCUUAAAGAAUGCUUCGAAGUUCAUCUGUCAAUAGAACCAUGUGAUUCUGAAAAUGGUAUUUGUGAAAUCUGCAUAGCGCGUCUGAGAGAUGCAUGUGACUUCAAACAGCAAGUGCUGCGUUGUCAAAAGGAAUUUCAAAUCAAACUCACCACAGCUAAAGAUGUUAAAGACGAAGAUUUGCCUAAAAUAAAAGAAGAGUACUCGGAUCCCGAAGACAAUGAAAUAUACUUCUUGGAAUUUAAAGAUGACUUCGAGGAUAUGAAAGAAGAUGACAAAUUGGCCGAAAUACUCCGUCUCGAUGACGUCACAGCUAAGAGGAAAGUCGAGAAGAAGAAGAACGGUAAAAAACGACAGAUCAUCAUAGAGAAACCCACCAAGGAUCGUAAAUCGAAAAACCUCAAACCGUCUAUUAAGCUCUCACUCCGAACGCUCUCUCAAAUCGAGAGGUUAAACAAUUCGCCCUCGAUCCGCUUCGUGAGCGAGAACAAGAAACACAGCAUAAACAUGGAAAAUAUACUUAAAUAUUCGAAUUGUACACCGUUUUUUAAUAAAACACUAUCCGGUAUUACUUGCGCUUAUUGCAAAGAAACUUGCCAGAAUCUAGAGGAACUUAAACAGCACACACACGAAAUACACAAAAAGGAUGAAUUUCAAUAUACGAAGAGAUUGGAUAAAAGUAAUUUGUCUCUAAAAAUGGAUAUAACUGAUCUCAAAUGCAAUAUAUGCGAGAAAAAUUUCGACGUGAUCUCCAAUUUGAAGAUUCAUCUGGCAAAGGAGCACGAUAUCAAGUUCUUCCCUGACGUCAACGACUAUAUCCUGGAGUUUAAGUUAACUGACGGCGAAUUGUUGAACUGUGCGUUGUGCCAUUCGACAUUUGAAACCUUCAAAAUGCUGCUCCAACACAUGAACGGACAUUAUCGCAAUUAUAUAUGCGAUGUGUGCGAUAUGGGCUUCAUAAACAAGCACAGAUUAAAAAACCACCAAAGGAUCCACGAAAUUGGUACAUUCAAAUGCGAGUUUUGCGAUAAAGUCUUCACCACACGCGUGAGGAAGAUGUGCCAUGAAAAAUAUACGCACAACAACGCAUCGAGGUACACAACGAACUGUCCACACUGCGAUCAAUCGUUCAACAGCUAUUACCAGAGGAACCGACACAUGUUCAAGGAGCACAACAUCGCCGCGGCAACCUACAAAUGUAAUAUUUGCGACAAAUCCUUCAUUCUAAAGUCGAAACUGACGUCUCAUAUAAAAAAAGUUCACCUAAUGGAACGCAACCAUAUUUGCACGGAGUGCGGUCAAGGUUUCUUCAUCAAGCAGUCGUUGGAUGAGCACAUGGUGAAGCACAAUGGAGAGAGAGUCUUCAAGUGCACGGUGUGCCACAAGGCAUACGCCAGGAAGAAGACGUUGAGGGAACACAUGAGGAUACACAACAAUGACAGGCGGUUUAAGUGCGGUGUUUGUAGUUUAGCGUUCGUUCAGAAGUGUAGUUUGAAAAGUCACAUGCUAUCGAAUCACGGGAUAACGUUGUCCGAAUUCGAAAACGCGAGAAGUGAAAUACUCAUAUCGUAGGACUGUGUGCUUUAAAAUGGGACUUGAUUCAAGUUUUUUAGGUCGUACCUAACAUCUUGUUGCAAUAUGAUGAAAUGUGUACAGUUAACCCGCGAUGAUCCGACAGCCGUUUUGUGAGGUUGAGGGUGAUGGUGUUCGUCAAACUAUACAUCCAUAUUGGAGUCCGGAAUUUUCGGACUGGAUGUCGAGAACAAGUUACGACAUGUUGAAUUAUACAUUGACGAAGAUUUGCCGAGAUUAAUGUACGUUACAGCCCCCUCUCAAGCACGACAAACAAAGCUGCAAGCAGUCUGGUUAUUUCCACCCCCCAAAAAAAGACUUAUAUGAAAUUUUCUAAGGCGCCCUAAUGAUGGUCCAAGACAAUAGGGUUACCAGGUUUUUUGCAACCCCUGCACCCUGGGUUAAGACGAACCUGAACCUGCAGGUACUGUUAUGGGUAUACAGGAUAAUCGGGGGUGCUUGAUCAGACAGGAACUAGAUUACCGCGGGUCAAUAACAUUUCGUUUAUAACCGUUUUUUUAUUCCUUAGGGAAAAAACGGAGGGAACUUUUUAUUAACAUUGGGCUGGUCCUGAUGUUAGGAUUAUUUAUUCCUUUCAAAUUUAAAUCCUUGAAUAAAUUAUAAAAUUAAACUUAAAUUUAUGUUUCUUGAUGAUUUGAUUAUAUAAUAUAAAUCGUAUUAUUGAAAGGCACUUUGUAUAUUUAAUAAAAUGUUUGUGAUACAUCACACAGUGAGAGUACGCAGGAAUGGACUAAAGUUUGCUGGAUAACUUGAAUAAGUACUUGCAGUUUUUGAUGUACUAGGUUUGUACUAGUUUUUUUAUUAUUUUUUUAGGUUGGUGGUGUAUAGGUCGUGUUAGGAAUAGUUAAUAUUUCUUAAAGCGCCUUUGUCUAUGGGCGGUGGUGACCACUUACCAUCAGGUGGCCCAUGUGCUCGUCCGCCAACCAAUGCCAUAAAAAAAUGUACUUAAAUUAUUUUCAUGAUUGGUGGAGUGAAAUAUUGAUGGAGCACGUUUCGUGAGACAUUAUGACACGUCUAGAAUCAAUAGAGUCCUUUGUCUAGCAAGGUAUAUUCAUGGGAUAUUUAUAGUACAUGAACCCCAUUACAUUCUAGAAUUAAUAAAUUUAAAAAAUGACAUUGAAAACUGACUGAUUUUGACGUCUUUGUGUACUCUCCAGGGUGUCCUCUAUUCAUUUCAAAAAGUAUCAGCUGCAAAUAUUUCGAUGCUCAAAUUGGACUGAAAAGCAAUUUUUAAUAUCUCUCAAACUAUACCCCGGUGGCUAUCAGACGUGAUAGACAAGUUUUGUGACUCUAAACUCGAAGCUGUUUCUUAUAAAUAUUCCCCUACUAGAUAUUUCAACAAAAGUAAACAAUUUUCCUCAUGAGGCAGGUCCUACCCUUUUCCAAAUGAGCAAGUGUCAGGUAUUUUGCAACACCAUGACUAUUUAUAGUGGUGAGAGGAAUGAAGGAAGAGGAUUUAGGAAUUUAACGUGCCCAGUCUGUCAUAUUGUCUAAACAUAUAAUUUUUUUUUUUUGGAUUGUAUCCGUCUUUCCGCAAAAGUGGUGCAUUAAAUCAAGGUGCAUUUUUAUGAAGAAUUUACAAGGUGCAAAGGAUGGGCUCCUUUUUGGUAUCAACAUCCCCCAUUUUAUAAAAAAAUCUUCCAAUUUUGAGUUGCUGUAGAAUUCUUAUUUGGUUCAGGCAUUUUUGUUAAAUCUACUUAAAGAAAGAUUAAUCCUGUAAUAAUAAAGAUUUUGGGCAGGAGUCAAGGAGGAAAGGCUGAUCAGAGGAGGGUCGAUAUCGUAUUCGGUGAUUUUUUUCAAAGAAAGUAUAUCAAAUAUCAAUGACAUACCGAAAGUUUCGAAUGAAUUGUCUUUUUAGUAUUUAGACAGUUUCUUUCAGAGGACAUUUGUUAAAACCUCUUUCUUAUAUAUAAAUAAUUAAAGUACUUACAACUAUGAAAGAAACAUGUCCAAGAUGUCUGAUAGGGUUCCUUAUAACAGUCUAUUCCAAUCGCAGGGGUGACGACAAAUAAACAACUUUGACCUUGAAUUGACGCGAUAUCAUUGGUCGAGAACCGAGAUCUUUAAUAAUCUAUGGUAACCAUUAUGGAUCCGCGAAAAAAUGACGUUUUAGCAAAGUUGGAAUUAAAAUUUAAGUGUAUAUAAGAAGUUAAGUAUUGUAUUAUAAAUAAAGAUAUAUUAUUCAAGAACUGUUUAAAGUAGAUUAAAUGUAUAUCUAAGGUUUGAUUAUUAAAAUGUCUCCUUCGAUUGGAAUAGGCUAUAGGAUCGAACAUUACCAAAAGAAAUGACGUUUGGCUCAUAUGUGAGACAUUUUCGAACGUUAAGAGUAAAGUGUGUACAGAAGAAAUAAAUUCGGUCACCCCACUGGCGAUUGUCUGAAACUGUAAACCGUAUUUAUUUUAUAAAUACUCCUGUUGUGAGAGUGAGUGAGAAAAAUAAUUAUUAAUUUAUUUAGUAUUUAUUUCGAUAUUAACUGUAAAAAAAAAUAUAUAUUCGAUUUUUUUUAACUGUCAACAUUUUUUUAUUAUUUGUUAGAUGCAUUUGAAAAUUAAAAUCGAAUGUAUUUAGAAUACAUAGGUCUGUUCGUUCACGAAG